GAACCAGAUUACCGUGUCAAGCAGCGUUGCUUAAACUUAAAUUGUCAUGCUUUUUGGUCAGAAGGUAUUUGUACAAAUUGUCAACCGAGUGCAGUGACAUUACAACAGCAACUUUACCCUGAUGUUCCAUUAGGUAUAAAAGCAGUUGUGGAGGUGAUUUAUGAGCCACCACAGGAAAACCAAAUGGACAAUCUCCCAUGGAAUGAAGAAGAGUCAGUCGACGAGGGAGCUGCUUGUGGAUUAUUCAAAGUCGGAAUGAUAUACACUGAUCGUCAAGGAAAAGUUUCUAGUACUUGUGAGGCGAUGGUAGCUGCUGAUAUUAUUGUGCCGAGUGUAGAGCCUAGUGUGAUGCGUGUAAAGGAAA